AUGAGUGUACUUCAUUCAUUUGAGCAACCCAUUCUCCAACUCAAAUCUCUCACAUAUUCUCAUUCAAGUAGUUCACUUUACCAUUUCCAGGUCAAUAUCAAGAGCUCAGUCAAUCAAAGCUCUUCUUUGUUCUCACUUCAAUCAAAUUUCAACAUUGGAAUUCGUCUGCCUUCCGCUCUCCUCACUGCCAAGCAAAUUCUAAAGACGCAGUUCGUUUCAUCAAGAUGUCAGUCCAAUAUUCCCAAAGGCCAUAUUGCGGUGUACGUGGGAGAAAACCAGAGAAAGAGGUUUUUGGUUCCGAUUUCCUACUUGAAUCACCCUUCAUUUGUAAAGUUGCUCAGUAGAGCUGAAGAAGAGUUUGGAUUCAACCAUCCAGCAGGAGGUUUAACCAUUCCCUGCAAAGAAGAAGCCUUCAUUGAUGUCACUUCUAGACUGCAUAUCUCAUGAAAGAUCAAGAACGAAGAGGAAGUCCUCUUCACAGUUUUGACAACUUCUGGUUUCAUUUUUGUCUAUAGGAGACGGAGUUGAAUAUCACUGUAAAGUGACACAUAUGAGCUGCAAUUUAAUUAAAUUUUUCAUCCACCAAAACUUGUGUUUCA